AUGCUAGAAGAUCAAAUGAAUGAAAUGUUUGAUAAAAGAAGAGAAUUAGGAAUUGAUAAGAGAUAUGAGUGUAAAUUUCAAAUUUUGCAUAAAUAUUCCCCCAGAGUCAUAACCUGGAUUAUUGCAUAUGGCUAUGUGAAUCUUUUGUCUAGAAUUAUAAAGAUUGUCGAAAGUAAAAGUCGUUUUAUAGGAACAACAGGUUCCGUCAACGAUGACAUUUCAAAAGACAUCUCAGAAGUAGUGUUCGGUACCAGUCUGGAAUUACAAUCUGGAGCAGAUGUCAAUGUGAGCUUUGGAAAAUACAAUAUUUCAAUUCUUGCUUAUUCAUGCUUUUUUGGAAAUGAAAACGCGGUGGAUUCUUUAGUGAAAGGGGGCGCUAACAUUAAUGCUCCGAUGGCAAACUUCGGUUCUGCACAUUUCACAUCGUAUUUCGGCAAUCUUCAUCUUGUUAAGUACCUUAUUAAGAACGGUGCUGAUGUUAAUAACUAUGACAAAAAUGGGAGAUCUCCCUUGCAUUAUGCAAUAGUUGGUGGUAAUCUGGAGAUAGUAAAGUGUCUUAUAAAGAGCAAUGCAAAUGUCAAUUUUUGUGACAUAGAUGUGAAGUCUCCACUAAAUUAUGCAUCAUAUAAAGGACAUCUAGAAAUCGUUAAUUGUCUGCUGAAUUGUGGUGCAGAUGUGAAUUGUGGUGCAAGCUGUCUUUCUGCCGCAUGUUCAAGUGGUCAGUAUGAUGUUGUAGAAUUGUUGAUUGAUAAAAUUGACAUUAAUAGAGUUGAUGACUUUUGCGAUCCCCCUCUUCAUUCUGCUGCCAGUUCAGGUCAUGUUGACAUUGUAAAAAAUCUUAUAGAACAUGGAGCUGAUGUUAAUCUGCUUUGCUCUUGUGGCAAUCCACUUUACUGUGCCACACAAAAUGGUCAUUUACACAUCAUUGAAUACCUUAUGGAACAUGGCGCUAAUGUAAAUCAGGGUUAUUGUGGUGAUAAAAAUACGUCUCUUUUAUGCUGUGCUUCUAGCAGAGGUUAUCUGGAAAUUGUGAAAGAACUGGUCAGAUAUGGUGCUGAUAUCAAUGUCUGUGACAAAGAUGGACGAUCUCCAUUAUGCCUUGCAGCACGUGAAGGUCACGUGGGGAUAGUAAAGUAUCUUAUAAACCGUGCUGUUAAUGUAAAUGUCUGUGAUUUGCGUGGAAGGUCUCCACUAUACUAUGCGUCAGCUCGCGUAUAUGGAGGUCAUUUAGAGAUUGUGAAAUAUCUUAUAAACAAGGUACUUAGCAUAAAUAUAUGUGACAGGUAUGGGAAAUCUUUAUUAUAUUAUGCUUCAGCUGGAGGACAUUUAGAUGUUGUACAAUUUCUUAUCAAUAGUGAUGCUGACGCUGAUUAUGAUAUCAGUUGUCUAUUUGUUGCUUGCCAUCGUGGUCAUUAUAAUAUAGUGGAGUAUCUAGUUGACAAAGUGAAAAACAUCAGUUCUUGUGACGGUUCCGGAAGAUCCCCACUGUAUUAUGCAUCUGCUGAGGGUCAGUUAGAUAUUGUUAAAUGUCUGAUUAUGAAUCAUGCUGAUGUGAAUUGCGGUGCAAGUUGUCUAUCAGCAGCUUCAAAUCGAGGUCAUUUCGACAUUGUUGAGUAUCUUAGCGAUAAAGCAAAUGUGAAUGAGAUACAGGGCUACAGCGAUCCCCCUCUUCAUUCUGCUGCCAGUUCAGGUCAUCUCGACAUUGUGAAAUAUCUAGUGGCACAUGGAGCCGAUGUUAAUUUACUGAGUUUUUGGAAUAGAGUCCCCUUUAUUGUGCCACAAAGAAGGGACAGUUACACGUUAUUGAAUAUCUUGUAG